AUGAGACCUUACUGGAUAAAGCAGUUCUACGUCAUCUUCAUACCAUUCUCGCUAGUGUACUCGACUUGCUAUGCUAUCUCAGCGACAAAGCUGGUGACCGCGGCUGGGAAUUGGGGUUCAGUAUUCGAAACUGCGCUAGUGCCGAUUGUUAGUAUCGUUUCUGUGACUUGCUAUGUUCUUAUAAGGAGACAUUUUCGAGCAGUUGCUGGUUACACGGAAAAAGUGAGACAGAUGCAAACGCGUUUGGCAACCAGCAUAUACCUUCAAGUAAGUGAUCAAGGCUUUUAUAUUGAGUUAUAG